UUCUUUGACAGCAGAGGGCUAUAAGUAACUUUUGUUGCUUAAGCUGUUUAUUGCACGCUUAAAAGGCCAUCACUACACUCAACAGCUCGAAAGUAGCGAAGACGUAACACUGCAGUGUUUCCAUCUGAAACUAUUGUACUUAACAGAGGUCUUCCGUCUCACUUAAAACUUUUUUAUUUCCAACAGCGAAGACGCACAGUUUUGACAACGUUGGAAAAAUGUCUGGUAAGAAGCAGACUUUAUUAAGGGAAGCGUCUCACCAAAUCAUGGCUGGCGGUUCUGCGGGUCUGGUGGAGAUCUGCCUGAUGCACCCGCUGGAUGUGGUGAAAACCAGGUUUCAAAUCCAGAGAGGGAGAAGUGACCCAAACAGUUACAAGAGUCUUGGUGACUGCUUCAGGACCAUAUUCCGGAAUGAAGGGAUGUUGGGAUUUUACAAGGGGAUAUUGCCCCCGAUCCUAGCAGAGACUCCGAAAAGAGCUGUAAAGUUCUUCACCUUUGAACAGUAUAAGAAGUUAUUGAGUUUCACCCCAUUGUCCUCUGGAUUGGCCCUGUCGGUGGCCGGACUGGGAUCGGGCCUGACUGAGGCCAUAGUGGUCAAUCCCUUUGAGGUGGUCAAAGUGAGCCUGCAGGCCAACCGGGAUGCAUUUACAGUGCAACCAUCCACCUUUGCUCAGGCUCGGUACAUCAUCAGCGCUAAUGGGUUUGGGUUGAAAGGCCUCAACAAGGGGCUGACAUCUACUCUGGGCCGCCACGGGGUCUUUAACAUGAUCUACUUUGGGUUCUACUUCAACGUCAAGGAUAUGAUCCCUGCCAGCCAGGAUCCAACCUGGGAAUUUUUGCGGAAGUUUGCAAUUGGACUGGCUUCUGGAACCAUCUCUUCGUGUGUCAACAUUCCCUUCGACGUGGCCAAGAGUCGCAUCCAGGGUCCCCAGCCUGUCCCUGGCGAGAUCAAAUACCGGAGCUGUUUUCAAACCAUGGCCCUUGUCUACAGAGAGGAGGGGUAUUUAGCUUUAUACAAAGGCUUGAUACCUAAAAUAAUGCGACUUGGACCAGGGGGAGCAGUGAUGCUACUAGUGUAUGAAUAUACAUAUGGGUGGCUACAGAAGAAUUGGUGAAGGACUCUCCUCCCGUUUGGAAGAAUCUGAGACCAUCCGACCAGUGAUUUCUUUUAACUUAAGAAGAUACCAAAUUUUGUACAGCAUGUUUUUUUUCUGGCCCUCACACAUUCUCACAUUGUCUUUCGUUAUCGAAGUAACAUGCGCAUAAUCUGGAAACACAUUAUUUUUAAACAAAGAAAUGUCAUGCCAGAUUUCAUGAUGUCUUCAAUCUGAUCUCUGCAUUUGAAAAAACUUUCUGCAAUAAAUCCUGAUGCAUCUUGGGUGAAAGUGGAUAACCCUCUUGCAUAAUAAGAGUUAUGUUAAAGGUUUUAUACAGAAUUGGACCAUUUUCUUUGCACAGUCACGGCAGAAUUCCUGUUUUAUUGCUAUUCUCAAUGUACAACACCAUAUCGAACACAAGCAUUUGAAUUAAUUUAAUAUAAUUUUAAUUAAUAAAUAUAAUCAAAUUUCUGAGUUGACGCAGGUUUUUAAAUUGAUUAAUUUUGAUUAAUAUAGUAUAAUAUAAUUAAAAGAAUGUUAAUUAUAUUGGUUUCUCUGAACAUAGUUACUUUCUACUAGUAAAAAUGUAAUUCUCUCCAAAUUCUAAGCAGCACCUGAAAUACGUACAUUUUCACAAUAAUACCCAGAACUGCCCGAGUUUUCUCAUUUCAAAUAAACUCCUAUUUUCCCAGAACACUUUUGGCCAUCAUCAUGCUAAUAAAACGACUUCCUCAUCAAUGUCUGGUCUGUUAUAAAAGGAGAGACAAUUGCUGAUAGAUGUAAUGAUACGAGUGUAACUACAACAGGAGUACAAAAUGCAAGAAUCCUCCACUAUUUAUAUACGCUAUUCACAAAAAGGUAGGGAGUUUUGGGUCUUGGUAAAAAAAAAAUCUUUCCAAAAGGAUGAGAAAAAGACCUCAUUAGAUAACAGACUUUGCUGUUGACAGAUCAAGCCAUGGUUAGUUAUAAUAACCUAUUUGGUGAUCACAAAUCUCUCAUUGCCAUUAUCAAGGCUCCAGUUCAGUAUCAUGAUGAAGGUCAGUUCACCUUGCACUGAAAUGACAGCAAGCACCUCUGCUGACUGAUUGGGUUUAGGGUUCAAUUGGCUUAAUGUCUGAUCUCAACCCUCAACCACAUGAUUGCCUGGAACUGGAUGGGGUGACAUUUUGUAUGUGGAAUUCCAUUUACACGUGGAAUCUUUUGAAUAGGACCAGUGCUGGGAUCCAUGGGUCCAGUGAGGGGAUAGUGGAGGCCUGAAUGCAGUCAAAGCUUUGUUUCAUGGGGGUUCCACUGUAGCUGUUGACUCUAUUUGAGGGUUGAGACCUGUAGGAGAAACCACUUAUGGGGAUGGGUAAGUGGGGUUCAUGUGGGGCAAAGAAUCGUUAUUUUUAUUUUUGGAAUGUAAAUAUUUCUCCACAAAAAAAACAGAUUUGUAGGCUAUUGAACAAUAUACACCAUCAAUGCCAGUCUGUUAUUGACAUUUGUAAGGGUAUUUUCUGAUACUGACAUUCUGGAAUUUUAUGAUUAUGGGGGUAUAUGAUUUUAGACCCUAUUUUUACUUUAAAAUUCCACAAUUGUCAUCUUCUGUGUUUUGUUGGCAGUAAUAAGGUAAUGAUCUUUUACAUUUAUGUGAUUGGCUCUUAUGAGAGAUUUUUGAAAAUGCAGUGAAUGAGUUAAAAUCCUGAACAUUUUGUGAGUAGUAUAUUUACAAAUUCCUGAAUUACUCAUGCUGUACAAACUAAAACUAAAAGGUUCAGUUGUACUGUUAGAAAUGUAUUAAAAGUUCUAAAUGUCUUUUUAA